UAACAAGUCGACACUUAAACGUGGGAUCUCGACGCUGUGGCAAAUCGGGAAGCAGUCAGGUGAACACCUGCCGGUGCACCAGGGUUUCCUGGCCCUUUCCACCCAUCUUCCCGUCGUGGGAGGAGGACUGAGAGGCCUCAAGCCCUGGAGACUAAGGAGCGAGCCCGCCUCUUGGCGCCUAGAUGCCGUCCUUCCGCUCUCACCAGCCUCGGCGGCUCCCCAUUUACCCAAGUCCUCACUAGGAUUCGACCGCGCGGGGUCGGCCCUAAGCUCGGCGGAGCGGGCCCCAGCCCCACGCCCUGGGGAACUGGGGUUGACUUCCGCACGCCUCCUACCAGCCCUACUUCGGAUUUGACGGCAGGAGCUGGGAGGAGGCGGCGGCGGCGGCGGCAGCGGCAGGAGCAGCGGCGGCAGCGGCGGCUGGGAGGCGGUGGUGACGGUGGCAACGGCAGCGUCGGGGACGAUGGCGCGACUGGUGGCAGUGUGCAGGGACGGGGAGGAGGAGUUCCCCUUCGAGAGGAGGCAGAUUCCCCUCUACAUAGACGACACCCUCACGAUGGUGAUGGAAUUUCCUGACAAUGUGUUAAAUCUCGACGGGCAUCAAAAUAAUGGUGCACAGCUAAAGCAGUUCAUUCAGCGACAUAGUAUGCUUAAGCAACAAGACCUGAGUAUUGCCAUGGUGGUUACAUCACGUGAAGUCUUAAGUGCACUUUCUCAGCUUGUCCCGUGUGUUGGUUGUCGGCGCAGUGUGGAGCGCCUCUUUUCCCAGCUUGUAGAGUCUGGAAAUCCUGCUCUUGAACCACUGACAGUAGGGCCCAAGGGAGUCCUAUCUGUAACCCGAAGUUGCAUGACAGAUGCAAAGAAGCUUUAUACGUUAUUUUAUGUACAUGGGUCCAAACUAAAUGACAUGAUAGAUGCUAUUCCAAAAAGUAAGAAGAACAAAAGAUGUCAGUUGCACUCCUUAGAUACGCACAAGCCAAAACCUUUGGGGUGCUACAGUGUCCAAGGCCAGUGCCAGAAUGUGCCCUACAAAAUUGCUUGGGGGUGGGGAUGUGAAGGGAGCAGUAGCAGUGUCAGUUCAGAGAAGUUAAGUACAGAUAAGAGAAGUAGUGAAGACCACAGGAAGGACAGCAAGUGUAGGAUCAUUUUCCAUUAUGGACCUUUCCAGGGAACGGCCAGAGGUUGUUGGAUGGAUGUGUGGGAACUAAUGUCCCAGGAAUGCAGAGAUGAAGUAGUUUUAAUUGACUCUAGUUGUCUUCUAGAAACUCUAGAAACAUAUCUGCGGAAACACAGGUUUUGCACUGACUGCAAAAAUAAAGUUCUCCGAGCAUACAAUAUCCUUAUUGGUGAACUUGAUUGCAGCAAGGAAAAGGGCUACUGUGCUGCACUUUAUGAAGGCUUGCGGUGCUGUCCACAUGAGCGACACAUACAUGUUUGCUGCGAAACAGACUUCAUUGCACAUCUUCUGGGUCGGGCCGAGCCAGAGUUCGCAGGAGGGUAUGAGCGAAGAGAAAGGCAUGCUAAGACAAUAGAUAUAGCUCAAGAAGAAGUUCUGACCUGCUUGGGAAUUCAUCUUUAUGAAAGACUGCAUCGAAUCUGGCAAAAGCUACGGGCAGAAGAGCAGACAUGGCAGAUGCUUUUCUAUCUUGGUGUUGAUGCUUUACGCAAGAGUUUUGAGAUGACUGUGGAAAAAGUACAGGGUAUUAGCCGACUGGAACAACUUUGUGAAGAAUUUUCAGAGGAGGAACGAGUAAGAGAACUCAAGCAAGAGAAGAAACGCCAGAAACGAAAGAACAGACGGAAAAAUAAGUGUGUGUGUGAUAUUCCUACUCCCUUACAAACAGCAGAUGAAAAGGAAGUAAGCCAAGAGAAGGAAACAGACUUCAUAGAAAGUAGCUGCAAAGCCUGUGGCAGCACUGAGGAUGGUAAUAGUUGCGUAGAAGUAAUUGUUACCAAUGAAAAUACAUCAUGUACCUGUCCCAGCAGUGGCAAUCUUUUGGGGUCCCCUAAAAUAAAGAAAGGCUUAUCUCCACACUGUAAUGGUAGUGAUUGUGGAUAUUCAUCUAGCAUGGAAGGAAGUGAAACAGGUUCUCGAGAGGGUUCAGAUGUUGCCUGCACUGAAGGCAUUUGUAAUCAUGAUGAACAUGGUGAUGACUCCUGUGUCCAUCACUGUGAAGACAAAGAGGAUGACGGUGACAGUUGUGUUGAAUGUUGGGCAAAUUCUGAAGAGAACAACACAAAAGGAAAAAAUAAAAAAAAGAAAAAGAAAAGCAAGAUGUUGAAAUGUGAGGAACAUAUCCAAAAGCUUGGAAGCUGUAUUACAGAUCCUGGUAAUCGAGAGAGCUCAGGAAAUACUGUGCACACAGUGUUUCACCGUGACAAGACCAAAGAUGCACAUCCUGAAAGCUGCUGCAGCUCCGAAAAGGGUGGGCAGCCACUGCCUUGGUUUGAGCAUAGGAAAAAUGUACCCCAGUUUGCAGAACCUGCAGAAACGUCAUUUGGUCCUGAUUCUGGAAAAGGUGCCAAGAGUUUGGUUGAACUCCUUGAUGAAUCUGAAUGUACUUCAGAUGAGGAAAUCUUUAUCUCACAAGAUGAAAUACAGUCAUUUAUGGCUAAUAACCAGUCGUUCUACAGCAAUAGAGAACAAUACCGACAGCAUCUGAAGGAGAAAUUUAAUAAAUACUGCCGCUUAAAUGAUCACAAAAGGCCCAUUUGUAGUGGCUGGUUGACAACGGCUGGAGCAAAUUAAAUAAAUAAAAUAGCUCUGUCUUUCAUUGAAACACUCAAGAUGACUACUGCGCCUUCUCUUUCAAAAAACUUAAUUUAGUGACUUAUGGCAAAAUUUUAUCUUAAAUCAAUGUGAUUCUUUCUUGUUUUGGGAGACGGUGGAGGUAUCCUCAUUAGUUUGUUCUUUCUUCAGGCUUGUGUCUUUAGUUGCGUGGCUGCACAGGCCUGCCAUAUGAUUUAAGCCAUCUCUUUUCAUUCAAUGUUUCUCUUCCUGUGAGACUUACUAAAGCAACUUAGUGGCAAAAAGUAAUGUUGUACUUAUACUUCUGUACAGAAAUGACAAUGAGCUGAAUAUAUGGUUUUACAAAGUAGACAUCCACUUGAGAAAUGUUUGGAUGUAAUGUUAAAGCGCAAUGUGCAAAAUUUAAAAUAAAGAAUAUUUAUUAAUACUCA